CAUACACGCAAACAAGCGCACAUAUAUCACAUCGUUAUACCAUCAAUAUAACCACACAUUAUAUAUAUAUAUAUUUUACUCUGAUUUAUCUGUAUUGUAUAUCAUAAUUUAUAUGUAUAUAUUUUUAAUAGUAUAACUACUAUUACAUAUUUAUACAUUAUAUGUAAUACUAUAUAUACAAAUAUAUAUAUACAAAUAUAUACAUACACUACACACGCGUUUGUUUAUACAUAUGCACGCAAGCGCGCACAUGCAUUCAACAGACGUGUUCAAAGAGAAGUUGGUUCGCGAAAUACCUAACACCACCCCACGAUAUAUACACACAUAAAAAAAUAUAUAUGUAUAUACACGCAUAAAUAUACACAAAUAUGUGUAUACACAUUGAAAUGUUUUGACAGGUUCUCAUUCUCUCAAUCGCUUUCCUUUUUUUAUAUUCAUUCAUUCCACUACUUUUACAUCUUCCUCAGGCACGCACCCACACGUACAUAUACAUAAACAUAUAUAUGUAUUUAUAUACGGCACACAUACGUACAUACAUAUAUACAUACGUACGUACAUGAAUACUUAUAUACAUUCAUACAAUACCAAAUACAUACCUACUUUCACUUUCACUUUCACAUAUCUCGUCACAUAAACAUACGCAAACGUCAACACACAUACACAUCUUACAAAAGCAAACAUCUUUCUCCUUCACACGCACGCACACACACAUACAGAUAAACGCAACACAGACAAAAUCACUUUGAAAAACUUCAAACCCUUAAAAAGCAUUAAAAAGUAAGAAAAAAAACCCCCAGCAAAGCACCCAUAACAAAACACAAACAAAUAAAAUACACAUACAUACACGCAUUCAUACUUUCACCUACACACAUAUACACGCGUAUAUAUACACAGUCAUUUUGCCGUUUAUACACUUAUAAGAAAGAAAGAAAAAAAAAGUAACACAAAACAAAAAAAAAACAACACAAACUUACAAACAAGUAUAUUCAAUACAGACACAUACACACACACAGACACGCACAUAUGCACACUAAUUUCUAUAUACAUCCUCGUGUGCUUUUAUAUACGGUGUAUACACACGUAGAACCAAAGUUACAAGACGGAAUGGAUUUAACUUGUGAAAAUAAAUCUUCAAGACAAUAUCACCAAAAUUGAAUUGCAGAAGAAAAAAGAUACUUUCAGUUGAAAGAGGAUACUUUGGUAGUAAUGUGACAAAAAAAAAAGAAAAAGAAAGAAAAGGAAUAAAAAGAGAAAAGUUUGAAAAAAAAAAAGAAAAAGGAAAAAUGAAACAUUUCAACAUUUGUCUCUUGUUCCACUUGAGCCUGUCACGUGACAAACUGCAGUAUUGAUGUCCAACAUACACAUCGAUAUAAACAUAUAUAAAAAACGCAUCAUAACCAAAUAAAGAAACUUAACAAACACAUUUCUCAUCUUAGCAUUCGAUUUCCCAGUCGAAUGUUCGUCCUCUUCAUACUGCUAUAAAGAAAAAUAAUUUAUAAUUUUUAUUAUUAUUAUUAUUAUUAUUAUUAUUAUUAUUAUUAUUAUAACGGCAGCAGCAGCAGUAGUAGUGCUAUCAUCACAUCUACUAUCAUCUUCACCACUAGCACCACUAUCUGUGCUGCAAUCGCCAGAACCACUAGCAACUGUAGCAGCAGCAGCACUACCACCACCACCACCACCACCACCACCACUGCCACUGCCAAUUACAACAUUACCACUACAGACAACAUCAUCGUCAACAACAACAAUACAAUCAACUACAACAAAAGCCAUUUUUCUCCCCUAACACUGCAUAUACUGUGACCUAAGAUUUCUAAUUGUGGGAACAUGUUACUGCAAAGUUAUCUACUACUGUUGCUUGUUGACAUGUACCUCUGCAUAGAUCUGAUUUAUCAAGUCGAAGAAGGGAAAAGACCUGAUACAUUUGUUGGUGACAUAGCAGUGGACUCACAUUUAUUGGACACUGUGCCGGUCAGUGACCACAACCAGUUCCAGUUUAGUUUGCUACAUGAACUUGUGAUGGGUGAACAACAGCUGUUUCGCGUGACACCAGCUGGGAAGCUUUACACAGCUCAGGAACUCGAUGCUGAAGCUCUGUGCAAAUAUAACACAGAAUGCUUUACUAUGGUGGAAAUAGCUGUCCAACACAAAGAAUCUUUUGUCAAAAUAUUAGACAUUAAAGUGGUUGUAGAAGAUGGCAAUGAUUUUGAACCUGAAUUUUCCGUCGAUCAAUUUAAUAUAUACUUUUCAGAGAGAGAAGGCAAAGGAUCACGAAUAUCAAUUCCAAAUGCUAUUGACAGAGAUGUCGGUGCCUUAAAUUCUAAGAUUACCUAUCAACUGAAAAGCAAUAUUAACGAACCUUUCCGAUUAUCUGUCUUAAAGCAAGGUGAUGGCACUUCUAAAUUAGCAAUUAUCUUGGAGGAAAGACUCAACAAGGAAGUAAAAGAUACCUACCUGCUUCAAGUAAUUGCAAGAGAUGGUGGAUCACCACCAAAACAAGGCAUUUUGAAUAUUAAAAUAUCUGUCACAGACGAGAAUGACAAUUCACCUAUAUUUUCUCGGAGCAUUUACAAUGUUACAGUAAACAGCAGACACCGGCAAAGUGUUCCAAUCGUUACAUUGUCAGCAACAGACCUUGAUUCUGGCAAAAAUGGUAAUAUUUCAUAUCAUUUUAGUUCAAAGACACCAGACUUGGCUAAAAGCCAUUUCAUGUUGGACCACAUAUCUGGUGAUAUAUUUCUCAAUAAAAGAUUUACACUGAAUGAGAAACAAACUUAUAAGUUAUUCAUAGAAGCCAGAGAUGGGGGCAGUCCUUCAUUGAGUUCAACAGCAGUGGUUCUGGUAAAUGUAGUGAGCGAAGCAAAUAAUGCACCAAGAAUUGAUGUGAAGUUUGUUUCUAAGUCCAGCAGAAAUAAAACUGUGAUAUCAGAGGGAGUAGAGACUGGCAGUUUUAUAGCUUAUGUUAAAGUAACAGACAAUGAUAUUGGUCGUAAUGGAGAGAUCAGCUGCAGACUGCAACACGAUAACCUACAGCUGAAAAGUUUAAGCAAAAAUAAAUACAAAGUAGUCAUCAAAAAACCAGUUGACCGAGAAAAACAAAAGCAAAUAGAGUUCACUAUUAUUUGUGAAGACAAGGGUUCGCCAUCUUUAAAGACAAAAGGACACUUUUCUAUCCAAGUGAUGGAUGUCAAUGAUGUGCAGCCUCUAUUUUCUAAAGAUACUUUUAAAUUCCUCACAUAUGAAAAUGAAAAACCACACUUCCCUAUUGGUUUCAUUAAUGUCACUGAUCCAGAUCUUGGUUCUGGAAGUCAGUUGAAUUACACAUUGUUUAGCAAUGAUAGAGGAAUUCUUCCUUUUGAAAUUUCUGAUUUUGGAUUUAUUUCAACCGCCCAAUCUUUGGACAGAGAGAAACAAGAUAUUUAUAAAUUUCGAGUUUUUGUCAAAGAUAAUGGAACACCACCUCUGAACAACACCGCAGAUGUCAUUGUUGAAGUUAUUGACGAAAAUGACAACCCACCAUAUUUCAGCUUUCCAAGCGUUAAUCCUUUCAGUUUGGAUGUCCACUAUCAUCCACAAAGCAAGAACGACAUCACAGUUUUGCGAGCAUUAGAUAAAGAUAUACGAGAAAAUGCCUUCCUCCGUUUUGAAAUACUCCGUGGUAAUGACAAGCAAUUAUUUUCGGUGAAUCCCUAUUCUGGGGUGUUGUCAUUCUCCCGUAAAGUCUACCAAAACGAUGCCGGUUCUUAUAAUCUGCAGUUAGCUGUCAAAGACAGUGGCACUCCAGCUCUAUCAGCAACCACAACCUUAUCAUUGACUUUGACAGUAAGUAACAAGACCUCGACGAUGUUAACAGCUUUGCAAACCUUAUCAGAUGAUAAAAUCCAUAUCAAUUUAGUAAUAAUUAUUGUUAUAGCAGCUGUCACUUUGUCCACUGCUAUAGUGGUUUCCAUAGCAAUAUGUAUCAUACAAAGAAACAACCAGAAAGAAAUCCAGUAUAAUGAAGAAUUUGAAAUUUCUAACAAAUUCCUCAGUGACUCUGAAAAAUCAAAAUACUUUCAUGAACCGUCUUCGUCACACACUGAAGCUCAGCUUGCUCUUGCAACAGAUCUUGCCAAAAGUAGGAACUCCCCAGCCACAAUACCAAGGAGAGACACACCGACUGGAUUUAAGUCAACUCCAGAUCACACGUGGAGAGGAUGUAAUUCUGGAAAACAAGUUCAAGCUGUGGCAGAAGAAGAAGAAGAAACUUAUUCCCAGAAGACAGCGGUGCCAUCUAAAAUCGAUGACAAGAAAGACCAUCUGACCACAAACCAUUUCAGAAAUUGGUCAACUACAUUUUCUGAUUCUGACACUGGCUGUGGCUGGAAAGAGGGAGACACUGCUAGACUCUACGAAGAAUUACCAGAUUAUGAAAAGAUGAAACACCAUCUUGGAGUUCCUGGUUCCAGAAUAAGUAUAAAAAAAGUUCAUGAAUUCCAACAACCAUCUCAGAGAUCAUUUGUCAAAUAAACUGGACUUAAGAAGAAAAACUUUCAAAAAUCAAAAGACAUAUGUUCCUGUCAUGCACACACACACACACACACACACAUCGCGCACGCGCGAAAUGGAUAAAAAAGUCACGCUCAAAAUAAGCUCAGUGCGCUCUAGAAUUGUCAGACAUACUUCAACUUUUCUAAAAUUGAAUAAAACAAUAAUGAUGAAUCCACACGGCAUGGUGAACAAAAUUAAUAAUAAUAAUAAUAAUAAUAAUAAUAAGAGAAAUUAAGGCAAAUAGACCAGAUAUAGUUGUCAAAGAUCAUGAAGAAAAAAAAUGCUUUCUAAUUGAUGUGUCAAUACCAGCAGAUGACGUUUCUCUAAAAGAAAUGGAAAAACUUUCAAAAUACAAAGACCUGGAAAUAGAGAUAACUCGAAUGUGGAAUCUAAAAACAGAAACAAUUCCUAUCAUAGUAGGUGCCUUAGGUAUAAUAAAAAAAUAUUCAGACAAAUACAUAACAAAAACACCAGGACUUACAAAUAUAUAUAACAUACAGAAAAUUGCACUACUGGGUACUGCACACAUUCUACGCAAAACACUUUCAAUACAGUAAACAUAAGAGCACCACAGCAAACCACAGCACAUACCCAAGGCGCACAGAGCUGCGCUCGGUAGUGAAGUGAAAGCUCGUUAUAAAAAUAAAACUACUGAACAAUAAUAAUAAUAAUGAUAAUAAUAAUAAUAAUAAUGAUAAUGAUAAUAAUAAUAAUAUAUAAAUAAAAUGUUAAAUGUUUUGUUGCGUGAUUUUUGGUCCACCCUGUGUGUGUGUGUAUAAAUAUAUACAUACAUACAUACAUACAUUCAUACAUACAUACACACACAUAUAUAUAUAUAUACACACAUACACAAACACAUAUAUAUACAUAUAUGAAGAGAAACAGAUAUAUAUAUAUAUAAGCGCUUGUGCAUGUGUAUGUAUAUAUAUAUAUAUAUGUGUGUGUGUGUGUGUGUGUGUGAGUGUGUGUCUGAGUGUAUGUGCGUUUGUGUGCGUGUGUGUAUACAUAUCUAUAAAUAAAUCUGUAUGUACGUAUAUGAAUGUAUAUUAGUUUUUCUUUGUAUACGCAUCU